UAAUGUUGAUAACGGGCUCGAGUUCGGGCAUCGGUGCGGCCACUGCUGUCCAGUUUAGUAAAGCCGGCGCCCAAGUGGUGGUCACCGGACCUCCUGAUCGUCUACCCAUAGAUACGGCCAAAAAGUGUCUGAAAGUAUCGCCGAAAGGGUUGAAAGCACUGGAAGUGACGGCAGAUGUGACCAAACGGAAAGCCAUGCGACGACUCGUCGACCAGACUAUCAAACGUUUCGGUAAACUUGAUAUUCUGGUCAAUAACGCCGGCGCAGGACUUAAUGCCAGACCAACUGAUGAGAACUUUUACGAGAAAUACGAGAAAGUGAUGGCAAUUAAUCUCAAUUCUGUCGUAUAUUUAACACAUAUUUGUGUCGAGUAUUUGGAGAAAACUAAAGGAAAUAUGAUUAAUAUUUCGAGUAAUGGCGGAAAGAGAGUCUAUUUAGAUUUUGCCCCGUAUUGUAUGGCAAAGUGUGCGGUGAAUAUGUUCACUAAAUGUAUGGCAGCCGAGUUGGGCUUUAAGCGCAUCCGGCCCGGGGCCGAACUAGGCUUGCCAGACGUCCAGUUUUGGACUGGAUUGUCCAGUUUUGGA